UUUAAAUGCCUUUAAAUGCUAUCAAUGUUUGUGUUAUCUGCGUUACAAUGUUAAAUUGAAAUUCGAAGUUUAUAAGCGAAUGUCUACUUUCAAAGUGAAUUUCACAAUUAUUUAAAGAAAAAAUAUCUUUGUGGAAUUAGUUAAUUCCAGUUUUACUGAUUUUAUUGAUUAAAUAAUUGUUUGCGACAAAUAUGGAAAGAAAUUAGGCAAAGUAAUCACACCAGAUCCGUGGAAAGAUCCCGGAACACAUAAAUCUUGUGCUUAUAAAAAAAGGAACGCGUUCUGUGGGAAGUAUGUGACAAAAACUUGAUUGACACUAAACAGUACAGGCAGUCUUUCCACACAAAAUUUUAAAGAAAAACUACAAUUCAAAAUUAAUUCUGAGAUAAUUCGAAGAAAUAUGUAUCAACUUCUUAAUGCCAUCGGUGCGAGAAACCUAGAAACUGUAAAGGAGCUUUUACAAGAAAUUAACAUUGAUUAUCGAGAUGAGAAUUUUUUAAUCAUUUUGCACCAUGCUGCUUACGCCGGAAAUUCAAUGAUUCUUGAGGAAAUUUUAAAGCGUCAUCCUGAUAUUAAUCUAGAAAACUACACAUUGUACAGUGAAGUUGGAAAAGAAUCUGAAGAGUUCGUAAAUAUAUUGUUUAAAAAUGGUACUAAUGUUAAUUUUGUGUUUAAAAAUGUCGGUACACCACUUCAUAUUUCUGCUCUACUAGGAAAAAAAGAAAUGUGUAAAAUACUAUUAAUUAAAGGAGCUGAUAUAAAUGCAGUAAAUGAAUUUGAAAGAACAGCCUUGCACAUUGCAAUUGAAAGAGGUGAUGAAGAGAUUGUUAAAUUAUUGCUAGAGUUUGGUGCCGAAGUUCAUUGUAAAGAUGUUGAUGGUGACACACCACUUCAUUUUUCUGCUCAAAGGGGAAAUGAAAAAAUUUGUAAAAUGCUUUUAAUUAAAGGAGCUGAUGUAAAUGUAAUAAAUCGGCAUCAACAAACCGCCUUGCACAUUGCAGUAGACUGUGAUCGUGAAAAGACUGUUAAAUUAUUGCUAGAAUUUAGUGCCGAAACUGAUUGUAAAAAUAAUAAUGGCGACACACCACUUCAUUUUUCUGCUCAAAGGGGAAAUGAAGAAAUUUGUAAAAUGCUUUUAAUUAAAGGAGCUGAUGUAAAUGCAGUAAAUGAACGUGAAGAAACAGCCUUGCAUAAUGCAGUUUACUUUGAUCAUGAAGAGAUUGUUAAAUUGUUGCUUGAGUUUGGUGCCGAAAUUGAUUGUAAAAAUAAUAAUGGCGAAACACCACUUCAUGUUUCUGCUCAACUAGGAAAAAAAGAAAUCUGUAAAAUGCUUUUAAAUAAAGGAGCUGAUGUAAAUGCAGUAGAUAAUAAUCUACAUAGAGUCUUGUCCAUUGCACUUCUCAUGAGACAAGAAGAGAUUGUUGUAUUAUUGCUGGAGUUUGGUGCCGAAACUAAUUGUAAAGAUUAUAAAAACGAAUCACCACUUCUGGUUGCUGCUGAAAGAAGAAAUGAAGAAAUUUUUAAAAUGCUUUUAAUUAAAGGAGCUGAUGUAAAUGCAGAAAACACAUUUCAAAGAACCGCCUUACACGUUGUUGCCUUAGAUUGGUGUGAAGAGAUGGCUAAAAUAUUGCUAGAAUUUGGUGCCGAAAUUGAUUGUAAAGAUUAUAAAGGUUACACACCACUUCAUUUUGCUGCUCAACGAGGAAAAACACAAAUUUGUAAAAUGCUUUUAAUUAAAGGAGCUGAUGUAAAUGCAGUAACUAAGAAUCAAGAUACAGCCUUGUUCAUUGCACUUAAAAUGGGUUAUGAAGAGAUUGUUGUAUUAUUGCUAGAGUUUGGUGCCGAAAUUGAUUGUAAAAAUAAUAAUGGCGAAACACCACUUCAUGUUUCUGCUGAAAGAGGACAUGAAGAAAUCUGUAAAAUGCUUUUAAUUAAAGGAGCUGAUGUAAAUGCAGUAAAUAAAUGCGGACAAACCGUUUUGUACAAUGCUACUCGAAGAAGUCAUCAAGGGAUUGUUAAAUUAUUGCUAAAGUUUGGUGCCGAAAUUGACUUGACUUUGAUAAGUCAUUAUUACUUAUCAGAUUGUGUGCGUAAUGUUUUUAACUUCCACUUUAUUAAAAGAAAAACAGCGAAUUUAUUUGUAAGUGAAAGUUAUUCACUAUUUUCGAGUGAUAGUCACAAGGAUAGUGAGUUUCAAAAAGAAUGUGAGAAAGAAGUAUUGUGCUUGAAGCAUGAAAAAAUUAAUAAUACAAACAUUUCGUUCUUUGACAUAUUGUCUAAAAAUUGUUCAUUAGUAAAGUACAUGAAAAAUGAGAACAUUGUACAGACUCUAAAAUCAUUGGAUUAUGAAACGAAAUUUCCAAUUUACGGCAACAUGAUAAACUGUAGUUUCAUAAAGGGUAUGAAAACAAGAGGAUUACUAGACCAAUGUUAUCAAUUUUUUCCUCUUUUUUAUAACAACUUCACCGAGUCACCGCAAUGUUAUCAUGAAAAAAUACUUAGUUACCUAAAUGACGAGGACUUAAGUAUUUUAAUUAAAGCUUGUCUGCCGAUUAACAAGUAAACUUCGUUGGAAAGUAUUUCAGAUAGACGGAUCUGUUUUUUUGUAAUAUAGAAAAUUACAACGCAAAUGCUCCUUCGAAAUUAUUCUUUUCUCCAUUUAUAUGAAUUUUUCUAUUCUUUAAAAAUUUUAUACAAUGUUUUUUAUGAAAUGAAUGUUAAAUUGAACAAAUUUAAAAAUAUAAUAUAAAAUAAAUGAAAACAACUAAGUCAAUUAAAAAAUUGAUAAUAAAGUUAAUCUGGAAGUUCUUUAUUCCUGAAGAAUAGGAAAUAAUAUUUAAGUUUGGUAUUUUUAUACUUAUAAUAAUAUAUUAAUUAGAAUUAAAAGUGAGUAUUGUAUUUUGGAAUAAAAAAUUAGAAAAUA